AUGGCGAAAGUUUCUAUAUUGCUCUGUUUGGUUUUAUUGGUUACGUUAGGAGUUGUGAUAAGUGUCUCAUUUGCCAACAACAUUGAAGUGAAAUCGAAAAGUGUGGAGACCAGUAAGAAAGAAACCAAAGUUGUUCAUACUACUAGUAAACACAAAGAAAAAGGAGGAGUGAAAGAAAAUGAUAAUCACAAUGCCGGUUCUGAUGUCCAUAAAGAAGAAAAAAAGAAAAAAAAGAAAGAGCAUGGUGUCCAUAAAAAAGAUGAUCAACAUGAUGCCAACAAAAGUGAUGGUGCGAAGAAGCAUGGUGAUAAGAAGAAAAGCGCUGAUCAUGUUGAAAUUGGUAAUGACAGCGAUGGUGAAAAGGAGCAUAAGGUUAAGAAGAAGGGUGAACAUGGCGAUAGCGAUGACGAUGAUGAUGAUGAUGAUGAUGAAACUGAUACUGAUGAUGAUACGGAUGAUGACCCCGAUGAUGAUGAGGAUGAUGAUGAUGAAGAUGAGGUUGAAAGGGAUGAUAAGAUUGGGUUAUAUGAGCUCAAGAAGGGAAAUCUAACUGUCAAAUUAACAAACUGGGGUGCUUCAAUCAUGUCUCUCUACUUCCCGGACAAAAAUGGAAAAAGUGGCGAUAUUGUUCUUGGUUAUGAUAGCGUCAAAACCUACAAGACCGAUAAGGUCUAUUUUGGAGCAACCGUGGGACGAGUAGCGAACAGAAUAGGAAAGGCCCAAUUCAAAUUGAACGGUAAAGAGUACAAGACAAUUGCCAACGAUGGCAAAAACACUCUCCACGGCGGGACGAAAGGGUUUGGGGAUGUUGUGUGGUCAGUUACAAAACACCAGUAUGAUGGCAAGAAACCUCACAUUGUCUUCACUUACACAAGUCCUGAUGGCGAUCAAGGGUUUCCCGGAGAACUCAAUGUCACGGUGACUUAUAGACUUGUCAGAGAAAAUGAACUGAGUGUGGUGAUGGAGGCAAAUCCUAAAGAUAAAGCAACUCCGGUGAACUUAGCUCAUCAUUCUUAUUGGAAUCUUGGUGGUCAUAAUGCCGGUGAUAUUUUGUCGGAAGAAAUUCAAAUCCUUGGCUCAAGUUAUACUCCCGUCGACGGUGAACUCAUUCCCACCGGACAAAUCUCUCCGGUGAAAGGAACACCGUACGAUUUUCUCCAACUCCGUCCUAUUAAAGAUAAUAUGAAGGAACUUCAAACAGGAUAUGAUAUAAACUAUUGUUUAGAUGGUAAGGCGGAUAAAAUGAGAAAAAUCGUGGAACUCGUAGAUAAGAAUUCAGGGAGAAAAAUGGAGUUAUCCGGAAACCAACCAGGUUUGCAAUUCUAUACCGGAGGAAUGUUGAAGGACAUCAUGGGGAAGAAUGGGACGGUUUACAAAGCUUUUGCAGGAUUAUGUCUAGAAACUCAAAGUUAUCCAGACGCAUUAAAUCAUCCGAAAUUCCCUUCACAAAUUGUUGAACCAGGGAAAAAGUACAAACACACUAUGCUCUUCAAGUUUUCGAUUGUUUGA